AACAUUCUCUCGUCCCCAAAAAGCCGGUUGACGGCGGCGUGCACGUUUGUUCGUCAUUCAUCGAUUUAGUGUCAGCCUUGCUUUGUUUCGGAGCCAAGCGGCGGUUUCAGGUGACGCAUUCUCGUCAAAAUGCCCGAGGAAACGCGCAUAGAUGACUCCGGGGAGGUGGAGACCUUCGCCUUCCAGGCGGAGAUCGCCCAGUUGAUGAGCCUGAUCAUCAACACCUUCUACUCGAACAAAGAGAUCUUCGUGCGUGAAUUGAUAUCCAACUCUUCGGAUGCCCUGGACAAGAUACGCUACGAGUCGCUUACGGACCCGAGCAAGCUCGAUGCCCAGAAGGAGCUUUUCAUCAAGAUUGUCCCCAACCGUGAUGACCGCACCUUGACGAUUAUCGACACCGGCAUCGGCAUGACUAAGGCGGACCUGAUAAACAACCUGGGUACCAUCGCCAAGUCUGGCACAAAGGCGUUCAUGGAGGCGCUGCAGGCCGGCGCCGACAUCAGCAUGAUCGGCCAGUUCGGCGUAGGCUUCUACUCGGCCUACCUCGUCGCCGACAAGGUGACCGUCACCUCUAAGCACAACGACGACGAGCAGUACACUUGGGAGUCGUCGGCCGGCGGUUCGUUCACCAUUCGCACCGACAACAGCGAGCCCCUCGGACGCGGGACCAAGAUCGUGCUCCACCUGAAGGAGGACCAGAUGGAGUACCUGGAGGAGAGGCGUAUUAAGGACGUCGUCAAGAAACACUCGCAGUUCAUCGGCUACCCGAUCCGCCUGUUGGUGCAGAAGGAACGCGAGAAGGAAGUCUCCGACGACGAAGAGGAAGAAAAGGAGAAAGAGGAAAAGACUGAGGACGAGAAGCCCGACGAGGAGGGCAAGCCCAAAAUCGAGGACGUCGAGGAUGACGACGAGUCGGCCGACAAGGACAAGAAAAAGAAGAAAAAGAUCAAGGAGAAGUACUCCGAGGAUGAGGAACUGAACAAGACGAAGCCGAUCUGGAUGCGCAACCCCGACGACAUCUCGCAGGAGGAGUACGGAGAGUUCUACAAGUCUCUGACCAACGACUGGGAGGACCACUUGGCUGUGAAGCACUUCUCGGUGGAAGGCCAGCUCGAAUUCCGCGCGCUGCUCUUCGUGCCCAAGCGCGCGCCUUUCGACUUGUUCGAGAACCGUAAGCAGAAGAACAACAUUAAGCUGUACGUGCGCCGGGUCUUCAUCAUGGACAACUGCGAGGACCUCAUCCCGGAGUACCUGAACUUCGUCAAGGGCGUCGUCGACUCCGAGGACCUGCCGCUCAACAUUUCCCGGGAGAUGCUCCAACAGAACAAGAUCCUCAAGGUGAUCAGAAAGAACCUUGUCAAGAAAUGCCUCGAGCUCAUCGACAGCAUUGCCGAGGACCGGGACAUGUUCAAGAAGUUCUACGAACAAUUCAGCAAGAACAUGAAGCUUGGCAUCCAUGAGGACUCUCAGAACCGCAAGAAGCUGGCAGAGUUCCUUCGCUACUACACUUCCGCUUCUGGGGAUGAGAUGUGCUCUCUGAAGGAUUACACAUCGCGCAUGAAGGAGAACCAGAAGCACAUCUACUUCAUCACUGGCGAGUCCAAGGACCAGGUGGCCAACUCUGCCUUCGUUGAGCGGGUACGCGAGCGUGGCCUCGAGGUCAUCUACAUGAUCGAGCCCAUCGACGAAUACUGCGUGCAGCAGUUGAAGGAGUAUGACGGCAAGACUCUGGUCUCGGUCACCAAAGAAGGUCUCGAGCUGCCCGAGGACGAGGCAGAGAAGAAGCGCCAGGAAGAAAACAAAGCGAAGUUCGAGAACUUGUGCAAGGUCAUGAAGGACAUCCUGGACAAAAAGGUUGAGAAGGUGAUCGUGUCCAACCGGCUAGUAAAGUCUCCGUGCUGCAUCGUGACGUCUCAGUACGGCUGGACUGCCAACAUGGAGCGGAUCAUGAAGGCGCAGGCUCUGCGCGACUCCAGCACCAUGGGCUACAUGGCGGCCAAGAAGCACCUCGAGGUAAACCCCGACCACCCCGUCAUGGAGAACCUCCGUCAGAAGGCUGAUGCCGACCGCAACGACAAGGCGGUUAAGGACCUCGUCAUGCUACUUUUCGAAACUGCGCUGCUCUGCUCAGGCUUUGCACUCGAAGACCCUCAGCUUCACGCAGACCGCAUCUAUCGCAUGAUUAAGCUCGGCCUGGGAAUUGACGAGGAUGAAGUAGCUGGGGCUGGAGACAACACGUCGGCGGGACCCACUGUGGAUGAGAUGCCACCAUUGGAAGGCGAUGAUGAAGACGCAUCUCGCAUGGAGGAGGUUGACUGAGCUGGCCUUGCUUUGUGCCUCUUACUAGCUUUGUCACAUGUACAUAGCUCACACCGUCAUCUGUAUGUGUGUGCUUUUUUUUGUGUGUGUGUGAAAUAAAUUUCUUCCUUUUGUGCA